UCCGACGAACUCGAGGCCCUGCAGCUGCAGAAGGAAGAAACCCGACUCGCCAAAAACAAAGAUCGCGUCGUCAUCCAGCACAGAGCGUGGAAAGUCCCCGACGUCUUCCGCAGCGAGGAAGACCAUUUCAUUGGUGACGUCUCUCGUCCGACUCGCGCGUGACGCGUCUGACGCUGAGUAGACACACCAAUAAAACGCCAACAAUUACUGCAACCAUUAUUGUACACCUCCAGCCCAAAGGCGCUGCCCUCCUCGCCGCCUGCUCUCGCCAUGUCCAUCAUGUCGUCGCCAAUCGCACACCACCGAAACCCGUCGCCGGGCGGGGAUUCGCCCAGGAAGAGGAGGAAGAUAGAAGGUCACCGGGACCCGCUGCAUGACAUUUCGGCGAACAAUGGCAACACAAUGUUCGGGGGUUUCCUGGCAGACGAGUCAGACGACGAAGAGGACUACGCGGCGGUCAAGGCUGCGCAAAACAAGCGGAAAUUGUUUGCGCAGAACAUCGCUCAGCAGCCCAGCAUGCAGGAAGCGUCAUCAUUUGAAAUGGAUGAAGAUCUACCAGACCAGGGUGCGAUUGUUGAUACGGACGUUGUACCAACUCCCGACCUCCCACAUUCUCAGCCGACCAUUAGUUCCCAGUCCCGCAAAUUACCACUUACCAUCAGAACAUGUUCUGGAAAGAGUACAUAUGUAGCCGAGCGAAAGCCUGCGCCUUCAUUAUCCUACGAACAAUUGAUUGCGGCUCGAUCCACAUCCAAAACCGGCCACGCGAGAAAGAGUUACUAUGGCAUUGACAUCCACCAGCUCAUGGAUGACGCAGCGAAAGAAACGGAAGAACUUGCUCGUGCUACCGAGCAAAUGCAGAUUAAUGCGCCGGCCCCGUCGGUCGAGAGGUCAACAGACCGAAAAGGAAGGACGCUCAUGUGGACCGAGAAAUAUCGUGCUAGAAAAUUCACGGACCUGGUUGGCGAUGAACGGACGCAUCGUUCAGUCCUCCGCUGGCUCAAAGCCUGGGAUCCAACUGUUUUCCCUGGCUCAAGCCGCCCAAAGCCCAAGAGUAUCAAACCUUAUGGCCAGCCGAACCUGGAUGAGGAGGGUAGGCACCGCAAGAUCCUUCUCCUUACAGGCCCGCCAGGGCUUGGAAAGACGACGCUGGCACAUGUUUGUGCUCGCCAAGCCGGAUACGAAGUACAAGAGAUCAACGCUAGCGACGAGCGGAGCCGCGAUGUAGUCAAAGGCCGUAUUAGAGAUAUGGUUGGUACCGAAAACGUCAAGGGCAUUGAGACCAAAACUUCUGCCGGAAGUAAGGUUAGGAAAGCAGGCAAGCCUGUCUGCGUCGUCGUGGACGAAGUCGAUGGUGUUGUCGGCGGAGGUGGCGGAGGUGGUGAGGGUGGUUUCAUCAAAGCCUUGAUUGACCUCGUCAAUCUCGACCAGAAGAACUCCGCGCCGAAACCAUCAGAAAGCUCGGCAACCACCAAGCGGAAGAAGAAAGGAGAUAAUUUCCGUCUCUUGCGACCACUGAUUCUUAUUUGUAACGAUGUCUACCAUCCAUCUCUUAGGCCUCUUCGCCAGUCUUCUGUUGCUGAAAUCAUCCAUAUUCGCAAGCCGCCACUUAACAUGGUCGUCCCGCGACUGCAUUCUAUUUUUGAGCGGGAGGGCGUACCCGCAGAUACCGAUGGAGUUAGACGUCUUUGUGAAGCUGCGUGGGGUAUUAGCAGUCGCAAAGACGGCGGUGGUGGCGGCACUGGAGAGGGCGAUGUUCGUGGUGUCAUGGUCGUCGGCGAGUGGGUUGCGAGGAAGCUCAUGGCAGAAUCAUCUGGAGACAGACGACUGACCCGCAAAUGGAUUGAAGACCAUGUCCUGAACGACCUGUCGCAUGGAGGUGGAGCUGCAAGAGGCUUAGGUCGAGGAGGCGCCAAGGAAGUUGUCGACCGCGUUUUCAAGGAAGGCGCUGGCUUUCCCAAGUCAGCUGCAGCCGCAGAAGCGUCGAAAGCGGACGUGGAAAGAGCAGGGAAGAUUGGCGUCGCCGAAGCCAGCAAGCGGUUUGCGAUGGGGCGUCUGAGUGAAAUCGUCAACACAAGCGGCGAUAUAGACCGCAUUGUGACAGACUGCUUCACCAAUUACCCUGUUCAGCCGUUCCAGGAUGAUACUCUCCUGAGCAAGCCCACUGCCGCUUACUCCUGGCUCCACUUCCACGACAGCAUCUCCUCCGCCGUCCACGGCGGCCAAGAAUGGGAACUGGCUCCCUACCUCUCGACGCCCGUCCUCGCCUUCCACGACCUCUUCGCCUCCUCCAUCCGACCCUCCCUAUCCACCACCUCAACCUCCUACAACAACAUCAAAUCCAACCCCAGCGACCCAGCCGGACAGGACGCGGAACCAGCGCCCUUCUCCGGCCCCUCAGCCCCCUACCAAAUGCACGAGCAAUCCAAAGCCAACCUCGCGCACCUCAGCAGCUUCCAAGCGGGUCUCAGCCUACCACUCACGCGCAUCUACCGCAACACAGCGGAAAUCGCGACGGAGCUGCUGCCAUACGUGCUGCGGAUGCUGGGGCCGGACGUCAAGCCUGUCGUCAUCAACACGGCGUCGUCGUCGGCAGCGCCCGGCGACAAGCGCACAAACAGCGCGACGGCGUCGGUGCGCAAGGCGUCGGAGAAGGCGCUGGUGCUGCGCUCGGUCAACGCCAUGGCGGCCACGGGCGUCCGCUUCGACAAGUCCCGCAUCGAUUUCGGCGCGGAUGCGCGCUCCGGCUCGGGCGGCUGGGUCUUUCGCAUGGAGCCGCCGCUGGAUGUGCUCGGUGCUUUUGAGACGAUGGGGCUCCGCAAGGAGGAUAGGGUCCGCUUCGCUGUGCGCCAGAUCCUGGACGCGGAGUUUAGGAAGGAGAGCCUGAAGGCGGAGGCGGAGGCAAGGAAGAAGCGCGGAGGUGCGGCGGUGGGCGUGGAUGACGCUGCUGCUGGUGGGGAUGCGAUGAGUGUGGAUGAAGUGGUGGAGAAGGAGAAGGUGGUUGUCAAGAGAGAUUUCUUUGGCAGGGAGAUUGUGGAGAAGGUGAAGGUGGUGGAGAAGAGGGAGGGCGCUGCUGCUAAGGGCGAGGCGGAUGCUGCUUCGGGCCAGCAUGCGGAGGGGAAGGUGUGGGUGAGUUAUCAUGAGGGUUUCUCAAAUGCGGUGAGGAAACCCAUUACGCUGGCAGAGUUGUUGGGCGGGUUGUAGGUUUGAGAAGAGAGUUGUAAUAAAGGCUUUGUUGUAUCUUCCCUGGUGCUGGCGGCGGUGUUGUGGUUGCUGUGAGGU